AUGACACAAGGUUCGGGCCCGUACCGCAUCGGCGUCGACGUGGGCGGCACCAAUACCGACGCAGCCAUUAUCGAUAUCGCUGCGACUGAUUCGGCGUCGCGCGGAGUAUGCGCUUCGAGCAAGACUCCAACAACCACCGAUGUGACCUCUGGAAUUCACACGGUGAUUGAAGAUGUCCUAUCCAAGACUGCAGUCAAUCGACAGGACGUGCUCAGUGUUGCUAUCGGAACCACACAUUUUGUCAAUGCGGUGGUCGAGGCUGAUGCUCGACGAUUGAGCAAAGUUGCCGUUAUUCGAUUGUGCGGUCCAUUCACCAGGCUGGUAUGUGUUGAACAGGAUUUUAGAGCCAUCGCUGACUCUACUUUAUCGUAUAAGGUGCCUCCUUUUUCGGAUUUUCCACCUGCCCUGAAAAAGAUCAUGGGGGGCCCGGUCUUCUACUUGGACGGUGGACUCGAAAUUGACGGUCGUGAGAUCACUCCGCUCAACCCAGAUCAAGUCAAGCAGACCGUGCAAAGUAUCCAAGCCGCAGGGAUUAAGAUGGUUGCAGUCGUUGGCGUCUUCUCGCCCCUCGACCAUCAAGGAAUCCAUGAGGAGACCUGCAAGCAGCUAAUAAUCGAGCAAGAUCCUUCAUUGUCGGUGGUGUGCUCUCACCAAGUUGGCGGCGUCGGGCUCCUAGAGCGCGAGAACGCAACAAUUCUCAACGCCUCGAUCUUGACGCUUGCCAGACGCACCGUGCGCGCAUUCUGUCAAGCAAUGACCACAUUACAACUGAGCUGCCCAUUAUUCCUCACUCAGAAUGAUGGUACAUUGACAGAUGCUGCCACGGCAGCCGAGCUUCCAAUUAAGACGUUCGCAUCGGGUCCUACGAACAGUAUGACCGGUGCUGCCUACCUGGCAUCCUUGGACCGCGGUACAAAUGCGAAUUCCAACACACAGGUGCUGGUCAUCGAUGUGGGUGGCACAACAAGCGAUGUUUGCGCAUUGCUUCCAUCCGGUUUCCCGCGUCAGGCACCGAACUUUGUCGAGGUCGGUGGAGUGCGUACUGCAUUCUCUAUGCCGGAGGUUUUGUCCGUCGGGCUGGGUGGAGGUAGCCGCGUGGUAUACGAUGCUGAAUUGGACCGUGUACGUGUUGGUCCUGAAUCUGUGGGCCAUUACCUCACCAGCCAAGCCCUGGUGUUCGGCGGUGACGUUAUGACAACCACGGACAUUGUUGUCGCCUCCGGCAAGGCAAAGAUUGGGGAUUGUGCGAAGGCACAAGGCAUUCCUUCGGACGUAGUCUCCAAGGCGCGACUGCAGAUCAAGAAGAUCCUUGAAAGGGCGGUUGAAGAUAUGAAAGUUUCUGAUCUGCCAGUUACGUUGCUAUUGGUUGGUGGAGGCUCAAUCGUCCAGAUGGAUCAGCUGGAAGGCGUGGCGGAGUGCAUCAUCCCGCCUCAUCACGACUCAGCAAAUGCAGUGGGUGCUGCUAUUGCCAAGGUUGCUGGGGAGGUAGACAUUAUUGAGAUUCUGGCCAAUCGUGACGAGAAAACUGUGCUUGAGUUGGCGAAGAGACAAGCCAUUGAGGCUGCAGUCGCGCGUGGAGCGGACAGGGCAGAUGUCAAGAUCGUGGAGAUCGAUAAGAUUCCUCUGCAGUAUGUCACGAAUAAGGCCACCCGGCUAGUGAUCAAGGCUGUUGGUCGACUAGCUCUGCCCGAUGCUACUGCGCCAGCCGUCAAGAGCACCCAAUCCAAUGAGGUUGCCGUUAAUGGAACGAAUGGCGUAGCCGACGAUGAUGCGGAAGACUCCAGCAAUGGAGUGUCUCAAAAAGCAACAUCAGAUGCACUUGAAUCUUCCGUGAAAUUCUCAGCCUAUAUGGAUCUUGAGGCCUAUAGGCCUGACGUACGAAACGGGGUUUGGUAUCUUUCCCCCGUCGAUCUUGAAUUCAUCGCGACUGGUACGGGAGUCCUAGGCACCGGCGGCGGGGGUCCAUCUCGACUUCAAUAUCUCCAAUGCCUCGAGGCUCUUCAAAACCCAGAUGCCAAAGGCAAGAUGAGAGUGAUGUCUCCCAAGAGCAUGAAGGACUCCGAUAUCUGCGUUUUCGGAUCUUGGUACGGGGCGCCGAGUGUGUCGGGCGAGCGCAUGCCUGCUGGACCGGAGAUCAUGGAUGCGAUAGAAUAUUCGGUCAAAUAUUCCGGCCAUGAUCACUUUGAGGCUGUGAUUGCCGAUGAGAUCGGUGGCGGCAAUGGUAUGUCCACGUUUCCCACGAGUGUACACUACGACAUCCCUGUCAUCGACGGUGAUCUGAUGGGUCGUGCGUAUCCAACAUUGGAGCAUGGUACUCCGUACGUAUACGGCGAGCCCAUUACCCCGUGCGCUAUUGCAGAUGGGAAAGGCAAUAUUUCCGUUGUCCUGAAAGCCGAAUCAAAUAAGAGGGUGGAAACCAUGAUUCGUGCGCAGUGCGUAGAUCUGGGUCUGAAGAUAGCAGUGGCGUGCACUCCCCUGACAGGCGAGGCUAUCAAACGUUAUGCCAUUCCUAACACCGUGUCUCAGUCAUGGUAUAUUGGGCGUGCGGUGCACAAGGCGAGACGGUCGAAGACUAACCUUGUCAAGGCCAUUGUGAGUACACCUAGUCUUUAUUUCCCUUCGCCGUUUAACACAGUUCUACAGUUUGAUACGUCUCCCGGUCGACUCUUGUACAGCGGCAAGAUCAUCGACGUAAAGCGCGACGUCAGCCGCGGGUAUACAAUGGGCCAAUGCACCAUCGCUCCUCUGAAUAGCGAUGAACGAGAACAAGACACCGCUGAUACGGGCGCGCAAUCGACACCGGAUGAGCGCUGCAUAAUCAUCCCUUUCCAGAACGAAUAUCUCUACGCAGCGUACGCAGACGCUGCCGACCCCGAGGACGCGUCUCGCCACGAGAUGAUCUGCACAGUACCAGAUCUUAUUUCUAUUUUGGGACAAGACGGAGAGGCGAUUGGAUCGCAGGAGCUGCGGUAUGGAUUGCGAGUCAACGUCAUUGGAAUGUCGGCGCAUCCCCUAUGGACGGGCGAUGCCCGGGGCCUGAAGGUUGGCGGGCCGGAGGGUUUUGGGCUGGAUAUGAAGUGGAAGAGUCUGGGACCGUAUCAGGAGCCGAGGAGUGUGAUUGAGGAGUUUGACAAGGGGACGGCAUAG